CCGCAUUAGAAAGGCUGAGGUUGGCAACCUGAGCCAGACCCCCAUCCUCCCCGGGGCUGGCUGUGCUCUGGGGGUAGGGGCUCAUGGGCGAGGAAGGAGCCUCGGGUGGGCGCCGUCAGGGGGAUGGCACAAUGGUCGGGCAGUGUGCCCAGCACAAACCAUUCGGCCCCCUGCUGCUGAUCCACCUCUGCCUUCUGCAUCCAGGGGCCUCGGAGAAGCCCCACCCAACCCCCAGACUCCCUGCAGAGGAGGCCGAGCCCCUACAAGGAAUUAGAGGCCGCUCUGUGGAGCUGGCCUGCGGCUCUGGGCCUGCCCCCUUGGUGGUCCUCUGGAGCUUCACCCCACUGGGUUCCGUGGUUCCUCGGCCUGUGGCUGUCACAGAUGGAGUCACAUUCAAGGUGGAGCCUGGGGCCUCAGCUCUGGGCAUCGUGAGUCUGCAAAACAGCAGCCUGGUGAUGAGGGAGCUGCGGGAGGGUGCCCGGGGCCACUUCCUGUGCCAGGCCCUGCAUGCAUCUGAUGACCAGCUCCAUACCACCUACUCCUACUUCACACUGGCCGUGCUGGUGCCUGUAUCCAAGCCUCAGGUGUGGCUGAGUGACGCAUCCCCAGUGGAAGGAGCCUCUGUGAUGGCCACAUGUACAGUGCGGGAGGGCACAGAGCCCGUGACCUUUGCUUGGCAGCACCAGGCACCCCAGGGCCCUGGGGAGGUCCUGGUGGGAGUCAAGGAACCGAUGCUCUGGCUGGACCCAGUCAACCGGACUCACCUUGGCUGGUACAUGUGCAGCGCCCGCAAUGCUGUCAGCGGGCUGAGCAGUGACAGAGUCUUCCUGGACGUUGUCUAUGGCCCGGACAAGCCUGUGGUCACUGUGGAGCCCCUGGGACUCACCGAGGAGGGGUUUUGGGCCAGCGAGAAGGAGGAGGUGACCCUGAGCUGUCUGGCUGCCUCCAACCCUCCUAGUCACUAUGUGUGGCUCUGUGACGAUACUCAAGUCCACACUGGCCCCACCUACGUCAUCGCCAGGGCCAGCCGUGCCCACGCAGGCCUGUACACCUGCCUGGCCCGUAACAGCUAUCUGGACACCCGCUCCCAGACCUCUGUCCAGCUCACCAUCUACUAUCCCCCUGCGGGGCAGCCCUCCUGUGCUGUGCUGCCUGCCCCUGCAGCUGUGACCCUGCUCUGCACCUGGCCUGGGGGGCUUCCCACUGCCCAGCUGCAGUGGGAGGGGCCCUAUGGGCCUGGGCCUACCUUCCCCAGCAAUGCCACCUGGACCCUCACAGCCAUCGGGCUCCCCAACGGCAGCGUCUUCACCUGUGUUGGCCAGCACCCGGCCCUGGCACUCCCUGCCCUCUGCAGGGCCACACUCUGGGAGCCGCCCCAGAGCCCCACCUGCAGGACCACUGCCACAGUGGGCGACCAGUUCAUCCUGCUGAGCUGUGAGUGGCCCGGAGGCGCACCCCCGGCUACACUGAGCUGGUUCGAUGCACAGGGGCGGCCCCUGGGAGGCAGCAGCCACUCGCAGGCCUUCCACAUGCUGCGGGCCUGGGGCAAGCUGGCCGGCAGAGAGUUCACCUGCCGGGGCUCUCACCCACUCAGGAUCCCUGACGUCCAGUGCCAGCUCCAGCUGGAGGCCCCGCAGCUGACAGUGGCAGAGCCCAGGGUCUCCGUGCUGGAGGGGGGAGAGGCCUGGCUGGAAUGUGCCCUCCACGGCGGGACCCCACCCAUCCAGCUCCUCUGGCUGGGACCCCAGGGACAGCAGGUGGAACAGAGCACUUCCAAGUUUGUGCUGCACUCCGAGGGUGCCCAGCUGCGCCUCCAAAUCCAAGAUGCUGACCCGGCACACCACAGGGGCACCUACCAAUGCGUGGCCCACAAUGCUGUGGACAAUAGCAGCCGGAGUGUGCUGCUGGAGGUCCUCAGGUACCCUGUUCCUCCCAACGUCACCAUCAGCCGCCUGACCUACCGGCGGCACCGGAGGGAGGUGCAGCUGCAGUGGGCCAUCCAGGGUCCCGGCAACCUGACUGGCUUUCUGGUGCAGCAGAGGGCCAGUGUCCCUGGCCCAGGAGCUGGGGCUUGGGAGACUGCAGCUAGUGACAUUGAGCCAGAGAGUCGGGACCGGCAGCUGGGGGGCUUGGACCCAGGGGUGCUCUAUGCCUUCCGCAUCUUGGCCCUGAAUCACCGUACUACCGGGCAUCCCUCCGAGGUGAAGACACCAGUGGAUCCACCCUUCAGCGCCUACCCAGCGGUGCUGGGUGCAGCCGGCACGGGAAUGGUGGUAGCAACAUUGGCCUCUCUCCUGGUGUUCCAGUACGCGGCUCGGCACCCACAGGUUUUCCCCCGCCUCAGCCAGUGGCUUGUGCCCAUGGAGCCAAGGCAUCAACAGAGGGGUUCAAGGGAAGGCCCCGAGGCACUGGCAAGUAUGGAAAUGCCAACCUCCACUCCAAGUUCGGAUCCCACACCAGAGUCCACUGAUGACCCAGUAAAUGUUACCAUCACAGUGACUGCGACGCCAUGAAGGCAAAGACAAAGGUGUUCAGCAGCUUAGGGAGGGCAGAUGGGAGGUAGAGAUAACCCUCUGUACCCCUAUGUCCCACCGGACUUAAGCCCAAGGUGGCUAUGACGCCUUCUCAUUUCACCUCAGGCUGUACCUGGUACAAGGACCCCUCUGCAGUGUCCCCUGCGACAAGGCCACAGGAAGCCCUGGCCUAGCUUGGGGAUGGCAGACAUAGCAAGACAAAGAAGAUACGAUGGGUAAAGACUUGCUGGGUGUCUGAAGGCAAGCGAAAAUGAUGGUUCUGGGAAUCAUCUCUGGUGCUACACAGAAACGAGCGAGCUACUUACAGAAAAAA